UGUCAUUGGGUCAAGCUGCGGCGAUAAAAAUCCUGCACCAAUCUUUUCCCUCUUCCUCUCCACACUUUGCGUUCUGCAUGCAAAAGAAAGAUUUUUGUGCAAAGACCUUCAGCAACUAGUCCUCUUACGCCUUCGAGGAUCUGACCUGCAAAGGUUUCAUAUUCAGACUCAGACGUCCUGCUUUGCGAACACUUGACAUCGCGUUCAUGUGCUUCCCAAGCACCUUCACCUCUCAAGAUUACAUUAGUGGUAUUUACACCCUCUACCAGGACCCUCACUCGUUGUCUAACACGGUUGAUAGAUCAUUUGUGGAAGGCCCAAGCAAACUAGCGGUCUGGAAGAGUUACGACAGUUAUAAUUAUUCAAUAUGUUUUCCCGAGCAUUGAAACAAAGGAGCCUCGUGCCCAAGGCGGCAAACCUCUGCCAGAGCACAUCGGUUCUGCGAGCCAGGACUCUCGCAACCGUGUCCAACAACACACCACGACAGCAAGAACUCCCUGUCCACAAGCAGUACAAGAGUACCCCUGUCACACACGAAAGAGCUACCUUCACGAUUCGAAACGGUCCAAUCUUUCACGGCACAUCUUUCGGUGCUCGAAGCAACGUUUCGGGAGAAGCAGUUUUCACAACCUCGCUAGUCGGGUACCCUGAGUCAUUGACCGAUCCUUCAUACCGAGGACAGAUCUUGGUCUUCACCCAGCCCCUCAUCGGCAACUAUGGUGUUCCUUCGAGCGUCCGAGACGAACAUGGCCUGUUGAAGUACUUCGAGUCUCCGAAUAUCCAGGCAGUGGGAGUGGUGGUUGCAGAUGUUGCAGAAAGAUAUUCACACUGGACUGCGGUGGAGAGUUUGAGUGAGUGGUGUGCAAAAGAAGGUGUGCCGGCCAUCACCGGUGUUGAUACCCGAGCCAUUGUCACCCAUCUGCGAGAGCAAGGUUCCAGUCUGGCCCGAAUCACCAUUGGGGAGGAGUACGAUCAAGAUCAGGACGAGGCAUUCGUCGAUCCUGAGCAGAUCAACCUCGUCCGAAAGGUCAGCACAAAAGCACCCUUCCACGUCAGCGCCGCCAAUCCCACAGCCCACGUGGCGGUCAUCGACUGCGGUGUCAAGGAGAACAUCCUUCGCAGCCUCGUCAGCCGAGGGGCCAGCGUCACUUGCUUCCCGUUCGACUACCCCAUCCACAAGGUUGCCCACCACUUUGACGGCGUCUUCAUCUCCAACGGCCCUGGUGAUCCGACCCACUGUCAAGACACGGUCUACCAUCUUCGAAAGCUGAUGGAGACUUCUCAAAUACCCAUUUUCGGUAUCUGCCUUGGUCAUCAGCUGCUGGCCCUAGCAAUUGGAGCAAGGACCAUCAAGAUGAAGUAUGGUAACCGGGCACACAACAUCCCAGCUCUGGAUCUCACCACCGGGAAGUGCCAUAUCACCAGCCAGAACCACGGCUAUGCUGUUGAUACGACCACUUUGCCUAAGGACUGGAAGCCAUACUUCCUCAACCUCAAUGACAACUCCAACGAAGGUCUGAUCCAUACCUCUCGACCAAUCUUCUCAACUCAGUUCCACCCUGAGGCCAAGGGAGGUCCUCUCGAUUCGUCCUAUCUGUUUGAUAUGUACUUCGAUAACGUGAUGAAGUAUAAACAGGGCCAAUCUACACACCAGCCUCACCGAGACAGCAAGCCCAGUCCAUUGUUGGUCGAUUUGUUGUCUAAGGAGAGAGUGGGUGUCGAUUUGACGCAAGGCAUUCGAAACAUGAUGACUUCUCAGGAACCUGAACGAGUCUACGCUGCUGGUGCCGCAUGAGUGAGAUGAAGAGAGAUUGGCGUUGUGGAUAUUGCUUUUGUCAUGCGUUCUCUUGAUCCGGCGAUUUGCCUGCCAUAGCUAUACAGCUUUUGAUUGUGCUGAGAAUGUCCAAUGAAUGAUUUAUCUUGGAUUUCGAAACUGCUCGGCUUCUCCGCCAUCCACACACUCCAACGUGCUGCGAUGCACGCCAUGCUUUGUC